UGUUUCUCCCAUGAAUUAAUUUCCUUUAAAAAAAAAGCUUGCUACAGUGAGUCUUAACAUGCUAUAUAUAUGUUUGUGGACUCUCUCCUUACCAGAUGAGGUUGUGAAAACUGAAAUAAAAAUGGCUCUCAAACAAUGGCCAUAUUAUGAUGAGCAAAUAAAAUCUGUGUUCUUUUCUCCUUUCUAUCUGUCUCUGUUCUUCUUUACCACUGUUCUGUUCAUGUUGAAGCUUGCAAAAAGAACCAAAACCCGUCUAAAUCUCCCUCCAUCUCCACCAAAGCUACCAAUCAUCGGCAAUCUCCAUCAGCUAGGCGAACUCCCCCACCACUCUUUCAGAAAACUCUCACGCAAAUACGGCGACAUGAUGAUGUUGCAGCUGGGGCAGAGGAAAACACCAACCUUGGUGGUUUCAUCUGCAGAUGUGGUCAUGGAAAUGAUGAAGAAUCAUGACUUGGCGUUAUCAAACCGACCCCAGAUGACACCUGCGAAAAUCUUACUCUAUGGUUGCAAAGAUGUUGGUUUUGGACACUAUGGAGAGGAUUGGAGACAGAAAAGGAGAAUUUGCGUGAGUGAACUUCUGAGCCCGAAAAGGGUAGCUUCACUUCAUGCCAUUAGAGAAGAAGAAGCUGGAGAAUUGGUGAGUAAGCUUCGUGAAGCGAGCUUGAAAGAUGCAACUGUGAAUCUGAGUGAGAUGAUAAUUUCAACAUUGGGCAACAUCGUUUGUCAGUGUACUCUGGGAAGGAAAUACACAGGAGAAGAAAGCAGGGUGAACGUGUUAGCAAGGCAUGUUAUGAUUCAUAUUAUGUCUUUCACUGUGGGUGAUUACUUUCCUUUGUUUGGUUGGGUUGAUGUUCUCAGAGGGAAAAUUCGGGAAUACAAGGAAACUUUUGCAGAAUUGGAUGGGUUGUUUGAUCAAGUAAUUGCAGAGCAUUUGACAGAGAAACGGGAAAAACUGGGAAAAGACUUUGUGGAUAUUCUACUCAAAAUUCAAGAGGAGAGUGUGCUUGAUCAGUUUGAGUUCACCAAAACUGACCUCAAAUCGCUUCUAAUGGAUAUGUUUGUUGGAGCUAUUGACACAACCGCAGCAGCAUUAGAAUGGGCUAUGUCAGAGCUAGUGAGACAUCCAAACAUAAUGAAGAAAGCUCAGGAAGAAGUCAGAAAAGUUGUAGGCCCAAAAUCAAAAAUAGAAGAAAAUGAUGUUAAUCAAUUGCACUAUUUAAAGUGUGUACUCAAAGAGACUUUGAGGUUUCAUCCACCUACUCCUCUUUUGGCUCCUAGAGAAACAAUAUCUCAAGUGAAACUGAAAGGAUAUGACAUUCCUGCAAAAACAAUGGUCUAUAUCAAUGGCUGGGCGAUUCAAAGGGAUCCUGAAUUUUGGGAAAACCCAGAAGAAUUCAUACCUGAGAGAUUUGAUCAGAACACCGAAAUUGAUAUUAAUAUUCAAGACUUUCACUUUCUUACAUUUGGUUUUGGGAGAAGGGGGUGUCCUGGAAUGAAUUUUGGAGUAGUUUCUGUUGAGUAUUUGCUUGCUAAUCUUCUUUAUUGGUUUGAUUGGAAGCUUCCUGAAGCAGAUAAUGGACAUACACAAGACAUUGAUAUGAGUGAGGUAUUUGGACUUGUUGUCUCAAGGAAAGUACCACUUCAUGUUAAACCAAUAGCUUUUUCACUUUCAUCUGCUUCUUUAAUGUAUUGGUUUGUGCUCAGAGUGAUAUUAGUGAUGUAAGUUAUAUCUACACUUUGUGUGGUGUGUUAUGCUAUGUAUAAUAGUAACUAUUGAAGUGUUGCUCACCAUGUUCAUAGAUUAAUAAAUUUCAGAUCAUAUGUAUGAUGAAUUUAAUUAUGAUUAUAUGUUUGUUCAUUGAA